UGAUCCACCAGUUCACAGACGGAAUGAAUGCAUUUGGGAAGUUGUGGGACCUGGUGAGGAAGAACUGGAUUUCCUUCCUGCCUUUGUUCACCAACAUGCAAGAGCCCAUGUCAAAGGCAGCCUUCAAGGCAACUUCAGUUACAACUACAGCAGGAGAGGCAGCAACCAUCGCGAGGCAGAAGAGGACACCAUCUACUGCUGGGAGAUGGUGCUUAACAUGAUUGAAGAUAAAGUGACUGAACUCAAAUUCGAAGACCUUCUGAUUUUCAUCACUGGAGCAGACAAGGUUCCUCCCCUGGGCUUUCCCAGGAAGCCCUCCAUCGACUUCUAUGAACAGGAGGCAGGCCUGCGCCGUUUGCCCUUCGCAUCUACCUGCACAAUGUGCCUGUACCUGCCGAGAGGCGUCAGUCAGUCAGAGGAACUGCAUCAGAUGCUUUUACAGGCCACAAGAGACUCUUUGGGAUUUGGAAAGGUGUAGUCCAUGUCAGGCAUGUUUUCAGGAGCUGUCAGUGGUAAUGAGUAAAGAUUACUAUCGUAAUCUCCUUUUCCCACCACUCUGCCACCCGCUAAUCCGCUAUCCGUUCAAAACAUCGUCGGACUUGCCACUAGCAAGACUGCCCAGCCACACUGCUGAAAAAGUUGCCCGUGUAUCAUCAGCUUAACACUACUAGUUAUUGGGUAAACCUUCAUAACCACAGACACAAUGGCAGAUGCAAGCUUUCAGCAGAAGUUCCUGGAAGCCCAUAAUGCCUACAGAGCGAAGCACAACACACCACCGUUGACCCUUAGCAGUGAGUUGACGGCUUCAGCUCAGAAAUGGGCCGAUCACCUGCUGUCAAUCAAAACCCUGCAGCACAGUAACACUAAGGACGGAGAGAACGUCUUCUUUAAGUCCAGCUCAGCAACCUUUAAACCGACAGGGAAAGAAGCUGUAGAUUCGUGGUACAGUGAGAUCAAGAAUUACAACUGGAGCAGACCUAGAUUCAACAGCAAUACUGGUCAUUUUACUCAGGUGGUUUGGAAAGACAGCACUGAACUGGGUGUGGGUAUGGCCACUAAUGGCAACAUGGUCUUUGUGGUUGGGCAGUACCGGCCAGCUGGCAACAUGAACAUGCCGGGAUACUUUGAGAAAAACGUCCUCCCCCUAGCAUAAAGGCUGUGCAUUUUACAUGUGGCAGAGAGGUGGGUGGAGUGAGAAGAGGAAUUCCUGCACACUGCUGUAGAUAACCUGGACCAUCCCUGCAACCCUCAACACACGACUGAUUAAUAGGUCAUGAUGAGUCAGAAUGAUUUUAAUUGUACUGAGGUUCAAUAUGAAGAUUGUUAAUGGUUGUGGAGUUGGCUUUUUCAGUUUAUACAUGUGUUUCUGAAUAUAAAGCACAAA